AUGUACCUCUCUCAACGCGACUUGUAUAUACUGUUGUUGCAAUCCACCAGAAGGCAGCGCAAAGGAGCCACUAGGAAGCUACAGAGACUUUUCGUUAGACAUGUCGAGAUGCGCCUCACGAGGAAGCGCCCGAGCUUUAUACAGCAGCCAAGCGCCUUACUUAACCAUCCAUACAACUUCCACGCGAUCAGCUUCGACGUAUCUGAGGAGCUUGGGUGGCAGAUGAACAGCCUCCUGAUCGCUCUCAAGCCGACUCCAGUCAAGGCGGUCAUGUUCAGUCCAAACAGCGUCGUGGUUUCAGGCACUGUGGACCAGGUGCUACACACAUAUCAGCAUCUACCAAAACCAGAGCUCCUCAUGGUUCCCACUUUCCACAUUGGAAACCUCGCCCGCAUUCCCAGCCACGAAGCAUUCAUGCACCGCCUUUGGACAUUCCUCGACACACGAGACCAGUAUGAGCGCCGCACAAUCAAGUUCCACAAUACCUCCGUCACACGUCAAACCAUAUAUGGACCAAUGCAGCGGGCGCCCAAAGGCUACUACCUACCCAAAGACGCACCUCCUCAAAUCCGAGAGCUGACUGGUCAUUUUGGCUUGUGCAUCAGCCUCAUUCGGAUCGUAUCUAGUACCUUGUUCGAUGAUCUGAAAGAUCGAACCCUCGACCUCAUCGUCGCCCCUUACGCCCCCGCAGAAAUUGUCCGCGGCAUGAUUAGCAGCAAGCACCAGUACCGAGUCCGUUCUGUGUCGAUCAUCAACGACAACCAUAAGGACAACACUCUCAUGGACGACGUGCUGACGCGACUCUUCAAGCAAAUGCCCAAUGGCAUCAUUCUGGAAGAACUUCGAGUGGCCGAAGUCAAUCUUCUUCUCAAAACGGGCUACGUUCCACAACAUGCCUAUCUUGUCAACAAAAUCGGCCUCUUACGACUGUACAACUGCCCUGGCUUAAGCCAAUUCACAAGCGUCGAUGCCUUCAGAAACUCUGAUCUACACACGUUUAUCUACCUACGGGAGUACCCAAAACUGAACCCAGAAGUACGGGAUGGAGUCUUUCGCAAUGUGACAAGACAUUGCAGCAAAUUGGAGCACUUCUGCUUCCACGCGCGAAGAGACAAUUCGGACGAGCAAGUCAAAACUGCGCUCAGCGCUCCUGAUGCCAAUGGCCAAACAAAGGCUGUAUCGAGGAAAGAGCGAAAGAAGGCUCGACAAAGCGAGGUGUAUGGCAUCGGGCACCUGCUGCGCAAGUCGCCGCCAAUGCUGAAGACAAUUUCCCUGCGCAUUGGAGAGAGGUCAGAAGUUCCUGACCAGGAACUACAACUCCUGGGUCAGUACUUCCCAGAUCUAAGACACGUUGGCAUUCCAUGCCCAGUGCUCUGGGAUGCGAUUGAAGUAGGUCACUUGAGUGACGAUAUGUGGAGAGAUGUUGGUGAACAAACAACAAUUCUCUCCACUAUCUAUGGACUCGAAUACCUGCAUUUGUUUGUCGCAAAUCUGGGGACAGAGCCUAGGAUGGGCACCAAGGCCAUCAGCACGGCACUCCAGCGUGUUGCGUACGAAGUCCUCGCUAUCGUCUCAAGUGAGUGUAGAGGACUCAAGUACCUCUCCAUCACGGUAAGGGACUUCGUCGAGCACGCUGGAGGGAAGUCGGAACCUGUGGCUGUGCACCUGAAGGUCAACAGGGAUGACUCAAAGCAGUCGGAGCUUGUGUGGGCGAAGGAGCUUGGGGUCGACAUGGAGCUGUAUGGUGACACAAAGGAGUGUACAUACGAGGGCCUCGUGGAUACGAAGACGGCGCGGUGGGCGAGGCCGAAGUACUGA